UUGAACUAGAUCUUUCCUUUUCAUUCAUUUUGUUCCAAUCAGAGAGAUCUCUUUCCUACGCAACGCCAAAUAACCAAACUUCACAGACAUUUUCGCUUUACAUGUUUUCCAUCCUUUCACUCCCCUUCCUUUCCUUCGUUCCAAACACCGUCUAAAACACAAAAUUGAAACUUUAACCGCAUUCAAUUCCCUUCAUAUACUAGCGUGCAGAAUAUAGAAAUGCGUGAACUCUGAUUUCUGCGAAACAAAAAAAAACACCAUAGCCGAAGAGACCAUCCCGUUUCUGAAUUCUUGAUCCGAUCAUCCAACGGCGAUUAAACCAUCCACGUGGCAUCCAACCAACACCUGAGUUUUUGUUUCCUCAACGAUCCAUGCGUUGUUGGAACCUAACAGUUUCUGAAUUCUUAAUCCUAAUCCUAAUCCUAAUUCAACCUCGUUCUGCUUCGUCUUCACCGAGCCUGAAACCGAAGCUCCGGUUCGAAAUGGAGUGCGUUUUGGUUCGCCACUGAACCGAACCGGUUCGAAACAACUAAGAUCACCGGGUUUUGUUUUUUUUAUUCUUCUUAUUACCGGCGGUGAUGAGAGGGAGCUGUUGGUUGAACCGUCGGAUUGAGCAAAGGUUUCGGUUACUUGCGAUCUCCACCGUUAAAUCAAUGAAGAUCAAGCUUUUGCUGUUUUUUUGCGUCGCGUUAACGCUUCUCGCAUUUUCAACAACUGGUUCAACUUUCUUAUUAUGGAGUAGUAAUAAUAAUGAUAAUAAUAAUCAUAAUCAAACUCCUCCACUUCGUCGUUUCACUGAUUCAAGGAAAGGAUAUUCUAUUGUAAUGAACACAUGGAAGCGAUAUGAUCUCUUAAAGCAGUCUAUCAAACAUUAUUCAUCUUGUCCUCGACUUGAUUCAGUACAUAUUGUGUGGAGUGAACCCGAGCCUCCAUCAGAAAGUCUUCUAAAAUUUCUAUACCAAGCUGUAAAAUCCAAGUCUAGAGAUGGACGAUAUGUGAAGUUGAGGUUUGAUAUCUACAAAGAAGACAGUUUGAACAAUAGAUUUAAAGAAAUUAAGGAUUUGGAGACUGAUGCUGUCUUUUCUAUUGACGACGAUGUCAUAUUUCCUUGCUCUUCAGUGGAAUUUGCAUUUGAUGUUUGGCAAAGUGCACCAAAUGCAAUGGUGGGGUUUGUACCUCGUGUACAUUGGGCAGAUUCAUUGAACGGUGAAGACACCAAGUUUAGAUAUGGCGGAUGGUGGUCUGUGUGGUGGACGGGUACAUAUAGCAUGGUGCUCUCCAAGGCAGCAUUCUUUCACAAAAAGUAUUUCAGUCUCUACACAAAUGAGAUGCCAUCAUCGAUUAGAGAAUAUGUAACUAAGAACAGGAACUGUGAAGAUAUUGCAAUGUCUUUUCUUGUCGCAAAUGCAACUGGUGCACCCCCUUUAUGGGUUAAAGGCAAAAUAUACGAGAUUGGAUCAACAGGAAUUAGUAGUUUGGGAGGUCAUAGUAUACGACGAUCAGAGUGUGUCAACAUAUUUACCGCCAUGUUCGGGCGGAUGCCCUUGGUAUAUACUUCAGUGAAGGCAGUUGAUAGUCGCAAUGUCUGGUUUUGGUGAUUAGUAGAUUGUAAUUUUCUUUGCAUUUUUAGAAAUUCCACUGUUGUCAAUUAGUGUUCAGUAGCUAGUUCAGUUACCGAGUUCAUGUUAGUCAAUAGAGCUGUAUGAUAUUGAAUCUUUUUAUACACAAUUCUUGCUUUUUGGCACUGUUUUAGCAAGUUCCUUAGGUUGAUUUCUUGUAAUAUUGACGUGUAAUGCAAGUCAGCAUUCUAAGUAAGGGUGUUUUUUGUCCCUUAGAAUAAGAUUUUGUAAUGUAGUAGAAUAUUGAGGGGUAUUAAAUUCUUAGAAAUUGAAUUUCA